AGAAGAGGAAGCAAAGCUCCAGAGACACAAGGAGGAAGGAGCAGGAAAGGCAGGGCUGCCCUGAUGCACUGCCCAGGCCAGCCUGCCAUGCGGCUCCUGCUGCUGCCUGCCUGCAUGGUGCUGCCAGGCUGCUGGGCGGUGAUGGCGCCCGGCGCCGUGCAGGGGUUCGUGGGGGGGUCCCUCUCGGUGACCUGCGCGUACCAGCCCGGCUAUGAGGAGAUGCCGAAGUUUUGGUGCAUUCAGGGAAGCGUUUUCACCUGCGGUACUGACAUCGUUCUCACCUCGGAGCUGAGCCCCGUGGUGCGGCGAGGCCGGGUCACCAUCAAGGACUAUCAAAGAAGACGGGUGCUCACGGUGACCAUUAAAGACCUGGUUGCGGAGGACGCCGGCUCCUACCGCUGCGGGGUGCGAACGGGCAAACUCAAGCGGGAUAAGAGCGCUGAUGUGCGGGUGAUCGUGUCCCCAGCCCCGUGGCUCGGGCCGAAACCAACAGUUCCGCCGAACCCCCCCCGGCGUCCCGCGGCAGGGACGGACCCUCCACCUCCACCGGGGAACCCCGGCCCCUUCCGCUACUUCCCGGUGCUGGCCGGGCUGCAAGUGCUGGCGCUGCUCGCCAUGAGCGGAGCCGUGCUCUGGGUCAGCCUGCGCUGCGCAUGAACCGCUGCCAGGACCGCUCCGCCCCGGCCCCGACGGCGCGGGCAGGGGGCAGCGCCGGGACCCCGCCGGUCCCUUCCUGCCGCCGCCGGCGGCUGCAAUAAAGCUUCUCCGACC